CCAUCUCCAAUGAAUCAAAAAGUAGGAAGUCUAACAGCAUUUUCGCGUUAAACAGGCUAUAAGCAUGUGACAGUGCAUAUGCCUCUAUAUGGAUUUAUUGUGCUAGUGUUUAAAUUUUCAAUAUGAAGCGUGUUGGAUACUGGAUGAGUGAGAAGAAGAGCAAAAAGCUCAACUUCGAUGACCACAUUGAUCUGUUUAGAAACGCAGGCGUGGAGUUGCUAAAGAUUGAUCUUGAAAAACCUCUGGAAGAGCAGGGUCCAUUUGACAUGAUUCUGCACAAGUUUACGGACAUUCUGGUGAAAGCCCAGCAGGGAUAUAGUACAGAACAAAGGAUUAUACAUAGUAUAGAGGACUACAUAGAUAGCCACCCGGAUUGCAUAAUCGUUGACCCUCUGGACGGUAUCCGGAAACUGCUGGACCGCAAUGAACAGUACAAUCUUGUGCGAGACUGUAACAACAUCCAUACAGAGUCUCCAGUGUUCAUCCCGACAUUUGUGGACCUGACCAGUAAUGAUGUAAAUGAAAACCGACAGAAACUUCUAGAAGCCAAUGUCCAUUACCCCUUUGUAUGCAAACCUGUUGUUGCCCACGGCACACAAGAUUGUCAUAAGAUGUCUGUGAUUUUCAACGAGGAUGGCCUACAGAAUAUCAACCCCCCCUGUGUUGCCCAGACGUUCGUGAACCACAAUGCGACCUUGUACAAAAUCUUCAAGCUUGGUAGCAAGCAGUACAUCGGACAACGACCAUCGUUGAAGAACCUUUAUGCAGGAGACCAUCCCACAAUAUAUUUUGACACCCACGACGUAUGUAAGAGUGACUCGUCCCAUCACUUGACAGAGCUGGACCCUGCCGAUAUUGAGCGGUCUCCGUACAUUCCAGACGUAUCUCGACUGAACGCCCUCAGCGAGACGCUACGUGAGAAACUUGGAAUUGAUCUAUUUGGUGUUGACGUGAUCGUCGAGUGUGAAACAAAGCGAUAUGCAGUGAUUGAUAUCAACGUCUUUCCAAAUUAUGAUGAGGUGGAUAACUUCUUCGGAGACCUUCUGGACCAUUUGUUGUACUUGUUUAACAAACAGCAGGACAAACAUUCCACCAGCCAGCAGCAGACAACACCAGUUCAACAUGGCAUUCUAAAGCAGACUGGGCGCUCCAAUUCCCAGGAUUCUUGCUCAGAUGGGGUUGUCAGCAAGCGCUUGAAAACAGUGGACCAGUCUGAUCAUUGUGGCUGUGAUAGUCUGGUUUACUCUUCCAGACCCAGGUGUAGAAUUGAAUGUGAUUGUAGAAUGAGAACCAGCCUACAGGAAGUGAUUAUUCCAAAUGUGCAGAUGGAAAGAAAAAAUCAGAGAAAUUCGUCUGCUGGGAAAAAGACUUCUAAUAAUAUUUUAGAUGAGCUUUAGUUUUUAGAGUUAAAAUAAUAAAAUUCCUUGCAUAGAAAGUGAUUUCUCAUUUUAUAAGGUUUAUUAAAAAAAUGAUUUUAAUGUUUAUCUGCAUAAUCAGUAUUCAUAGAAAAGAUAAAACGUUUGAAAAAAAAAUACGCAAAUAAUCAAUAGUUUUGUUCAUUUUAUUAGGAUGUACGCUAUGUAACCACUUUUAAAAUGUCUGCUGUAUUUUUCAUACUUAUCAUUGACUUAUAUAUAAGCCAUUUUUAUAAAAAAAACUAUUUUAAUUGUGGCAUGCAUUAAUAACAUUUAUUUUAAUGUUAAAUACUUUAAAGAUCUUCCCAAUCAUUUUAUGCAAUAUUUAAGCUAUACCAAGUUAAUUUUUUCCCCUGAAUAUUUCAUUUUUCGACCAAUUUUUCAUUCUGUUGCUCAGAGACAAAAUUUUAAAAGAAACCUUAUGGAAUUCAUUUAUUUUAACUUAUUAGAUUUUUUUAACAAAAAAAUAACUAUAUGACUAUAUAUUUUUCAAAGAGGAAAAGUCAUGGUCUAACUUCUUGUCAUUGUCAGCUUGCAAAAUGUUGACCUUUGCCAUAAUUCAAAAAUAAUUGAAAAUAUUCAAAUGAAACUUGGUACAUAUGUUGACAGAGAGAAUACACACAUGUGUAGCUAGGCCAAUGACUCUUGACUCUAAAAAUGUUGAGUUAUGCCUCUUUUAGAAUGACCAAACAUGCGUUCUUGUUCGCUAUGUGGCACUCUGGUCCAUAUUGUAAUGGACGUUUGUCAAAUUUGAACAGUUAUUUUGUGGAAUUAUAAUUUAUAGAAAAUGUUACUUGGGAGUUCUUGUUAACCAUCAUUUCUUGAAUAGAAUAAUUAAACUUUCUUGAAACUUGUUUAAUUAUGCCAUGAUCUAUUUUCAAUAGAGUAUUGCCCCUUGUUGACUGAUGUUAGGUGUCAAACAAAAAAGCUCAUGUGUGUCUAGCAGCAUAAUGUUUUUGAUGUGUAUUUGUAUAAACUGGCAUUAUAUAGCUGAAAAAUCUAAAGCAGAUAUUAAAUAUUUUAAUGCUAAUCUUUGAUUUCUUAUAAGAAUUGUUACAUAAGCCUCGUACUACAAAAAUAAUUGGCCUAGUUUGAAAGUGACCUUUUUUGGUUUUGCAUGCAAAUUCGUGAGAUUUUUCAUUUGUUAUGAAUUUGAAUUUUAUGAAAUUCUAUGCAUUUUUGUAUAUUAUAUUAUUAUGUGUGUGAGGUGUAGCAUUGACUGCUGAUAUGACUAGAAUAUUAUAUUUUUGUAGUUGUAUAUAAUUCAUGAGUAUUUAACUUUAUAGAUUGUAUAUAUUUUGCCUCUUUUGUAAAGUUUUGGGUGCGCAUGAGAGAAUGAACUGUCUGUGAUUGUCUAACUUGGUUCAGAGAAAAAUGAUUUUAAAUAAAAAAGGAUAUCUGUUAUGUUUAAAUUUCCGUGCUGUUUCAUGAUUUUUCACCAGGUUACCUUACAUCGGGCCAGAGGUUUGGGAUCUUUUUCUGACCUAAAAUAUAUUUAUUAUUAAGAAUUAUAAGUCUUAAAUUUGAUUUUAUUAUUGUGAAUUAUACUUUGAUAAAGGACAACUUUUUUAUCAUUUGAUUAAAUCAGUACUUGACAUUUGAUUUUUUUUUUUUUUUAGUAAUACCAUUUUUGGACUUAUGAUGUAUUAUUACCUAACAAAGCUGUAAAUCUGGGAUCUCAGUAUAUUUACAGCAAAUUUAUCUUUUUUCAUCUUCAACUUAAGUCGCAUACAUUUAUAAAGGUAACUAUUUAUAUAGUAUUUUUUAAAGUUUUUUUGUUUCUUUUGUUUUAUUAGUUGACCCAAAUGAAUUCUUUCCACAUAUCUGUCUUUUCUAGUGAACUUUUUAUUUUAUUUUGUCUGGUAAUUGCUCAAUUCUAUAGUUUGUUCAUUGCUGGCAAAACAUUACUGAUUUCUUAUUGGCUCCCAAUUAUCAAUGAGCAGCAUGGCAAAAUAUUGGUAUAUCAAUUAAUUCAAUAAGAUGUUAUGUUGGUUCUACAAUGUAAAUCUCGAGAUCUACUUACAAAUACAUAUAGAUUUUUGUCUUUAAAAAAUCAGUCCAUCAGUUUGUUUUGAACAGUUUAUAUUUCCUCCAAAAAUCGAGAUAGGAAAACUACACAUGGAUUGUUUGAUUUGCUGAUUUGAUAAGACAGGCCUAAUUAGGUACAUGUAUACAAGAUAUCCACAUGCAUUGUGACACUGAAUUCUUUAUUAGUUGUUGUUGCAAUAGAAUCCUUUUAUAUAAUUGUAAGGAAUGAGUUUGUCUGUGAUCAUUUGAAAAUGAGUGAAACUUUUUUGUAAACAAACAGGACUUCUUUUUACAUGAAAAUCACAAGGCAUUCCAUUGUUUGAAACUAGUCUUACUCUUUAUUUUACCUCAUUUUGGUUAAAUUCAUAUUGAAUAACAGUAUAAAUUCAUUAAUGUUCUGGCCCUAUUCUUACAAGUAUCUUAAGCCCAACAGGUUAAAGUAUCAUAUUUCAUUUAGCCAGAUUACUUGCUUAAACUUCAUUUCAUAAUUAAAAACAUGGUGUUGUAAUGUCAUCUUUGAAACAGUUUCCUUUAAAAGUCUCAAUACUCUUUAAAAUUACAACUUAUACCAAAACAAAAGUUUUGAACUAAACUUAAUCCUGAAAUUAAGAUUUCUCAAGAAUUUGGGCCCUGCAUAGUAUUGGGAUCUUUUUUCUACAAAGAUAUCCAAAAAUAAUUAAAGCAAUGGGAAUGAAGCAAUGUGAAUAAAAUACUGUCAAAAUAUUUCAAUAUAAACAGAGAUCAUUCAUACAGAUGUGUACUAUCUUCGAAACCACCACCAUUCAUACAGGUGUGUAUGAUCAUCAUCACCAUUCAUACAGGUGUGUAUGAUCACCCCCACGAACAUUCAUACAGGUGUGUAUGAUCAUCAUCACCACCAACAUUCAUACAGGUGUGUAUGAUCAUCAUCACCACCAACAUUCAUACAUGAGUGUAUGAUCAUCCAAAACCACCACCAUUCAUACAGGUGUGUAUGAUCAUCAUCACCACCAACAUUCAUACAGGUGUGUAUGAUCGCCCCCACGAACAUUCAUACAGAUGUGUAUGAUCACCCCACGAACAUUUAUACAGGUGUGUAUGAUCAUCAUCACCACCAAUAUUCAUACAGGUGUGUAUGAUCGCCCCCACGAACAUUCAUACAGAUGUGUAUGAUCACCCCACGAACAUUUAUACAGGUGUGUAUGAUCAUCAUCACCACCAACAUUCAUACAGGUGUGUAUGAUCAUCCAAAACCACCAACAUUCAUACAGGUGUGUAUGAUCAUCACCACCACCAACGUUCAUACAGGUGUGUAUGAUCACCCCCACGAACAUUCAUACAGGUGUGUAUGAUCAUCAUCACCACCAACAUUCAUACAGGUGUGUAUGAUCAUCCAUAACCACCAACAUUCAUACAGGUGUGUAUGAUCAUCAUCCCCACCAACAUUCAUACAGGUGUGUAUGAUCAUCCAAAACCACCACCAUUUAUACAGGUGUGUAUGAUCAUCAUCACCACCAACAUUCAUACAGGUGUGUUUGAUUAUCAAAACCACAAACAUUCAUACAGGUGUGUAUGAUCAUCACCACCACCAACAUUCAUACAGGUGUGUAUGAUCAUCAUCAUCACCAACAUUCAUACAGGUGUGUAUGAUCAUCAAAACCACCAACAUUCAUACAGGUGUUGACAACCAUCAAAACCACCAACAUUCAUACAGGUGUGUAUGAUCAUCAUCAUCACCAUCACCAUUCAUACAGGUGUGUAUGAUCAUCACCACCACCAACAUUCAUACAGGUGUGUAUGAUCAUCAUCAUCACCAUCACCGUUCAUACAGGUUUGUAUGAUCAUCAAAACCACCAACAUUCAUACAGGUGUUGACAACCAUAAAAACCACCAACAUUCAUACAGGUGUGUAUGAUCAUCAUCAUCACCAUCACCGUUCAUACAGGUGUGUAUGAUUAUCAAAACCACCAACAUUCAUACAGGUGUUGACAACCAUCAAAACCACCAACAUUCAUACAGGUGUUGACAACCAUCAAAACCACCAACAUUCAUACAGGUGUUGACAACCAUCAAAACCACCAACAUUCAUACAGGUGUUGACAACCAUCAAAACCACCAACAUUCAUACAGGUGUUGACAACCAUCAAAAACACCAACAUUCAUACGCGUGUAUAUGAUCAUUAUGCAAUUUUUAACCACUGUAGAUUUUAUUGAGGGAUUAACAUGUGCAAAUUGAUGAGGUCAGUGUUUAAAGUAUAGCAAAAUAUUCACCUACAGAUGUUUGCAUUUGUAAACUGUGGUGUCUUUAGUUUGCCAUAUUGGGAAUUAAGAAUAAAACAUUGGGAUGUAAAAACCAACAAUAUUUAUAUCCUGAGUGGCAGCCUAACUGAUCCGUCCUGCUGUUAGAUUUGGAAUCACCAGAAAUGUCCCCUCAUCCCCAAGCUUACUUCUAAUUGGGAAAGACAUUGUUAAUUGUAUAUGCGAUGGUACAUUCAAGUUUUUCAAAACUAGUUGUAUUUGGAUUGCAAGAAAAGCUGAAGUUAUGACACAAAAUUAGCAACUUAUGAGAUUUAUUUCUAAUAAACUUUGCAGAGGCUUUAAGGCUUUUCCUAGAUAUUCACGUACAUGUAUUUCUAUGAAUGCAAAAAAAUUUGGUUCUUGUCAUCUUAAAUCAGUUCUUAUGCUCAAAUUAUUUCUGAUUGGAAAACAGAAAUCUUCCAGGAUACAUGCCAAACAAGCAAUAAGCAUCCUUCUACCUCAACAAAUGAUAAGCUAUGGGACCAAACAACUUUUUUUUGACUAGAUAUAUGCAAAUGUUUGAUGUUCCUUGAUUUGUGCAGGCUAAUACUGUAGAGUUACUUUAAAGUACCAUAUUUACAAGAUCAUCUUCUUGUACCAUAGGACAUUUGACAGGCAAAAUCUUGUUUUGUGCAGAGGCGAAUUGACGCUGGGAUUAAGUGAUAGAAAUUUAAGUAAAGUUUUCAGAAUUUAAUAACAUUAUCUGCCAUAACUCAGUUGGUAGCACAUACAAUAAUGUGUUCUACAUUCAACACUCAACAAAACAAGACAAUUCUGAUAAUUUCAUUUACUUAAAAAAGAUACAUUAAAACAAAUUUUUGUUAGUCAAUUCUCCCAGAGGGCUUGAGUAGUGACUUACAUAAAUGUGAAGCAUGGGCGCUGCCAAUGAUGAAGAUAAAGUGAAAAGCAAUGUUUAAAAGUGUUUCUUGAGUAAAAUUAUAAAUGUUUGCAUUCAUUCUUUUUCUGCUAGUCAUCUGCCUUGAUUGAUUGUGUUAAUUUCUAAAACCUUUUGAAAGUAUUGAAGUUGUAAACAUUUCUAGACACUAUGACUAAGUAUUAUUGUUUUACAUAAAUGAUGUUGAAUGAAAUAAAAUAAGUCAGCAAUAUCCAUAAAAAAUAAAUGACAUUACAUGGGUUUAUCCCAUUUCACUUCAUGCUCAUCAGGGCAAAUCAUAAAAACAAAAUAUAUAUCAUUCAUAAAUAAGCACUGAUUGACACUAAUACUUUGUUGUAUUGAAUCUAGAACCUUCUUCAGCUAUUGUGCAAAAAAAGUAUGACUCAUUGAGAAAUUGCAAGAAAUACUUCAUGUUGCCAGAUAUUGAACAAAUUUCAUUAUUAAUUUUGUUUGUUGUAUUUGGGCCGAGAAGAAUUUAGAGUGAGUGGGCAAAAUGAAAAUAAAUAAAUUUCUUUUGAAAAAGGAGAGGGUGAAGGUUAACCUAUUAUUUUCCUAUAUAAUUAUUAUUUAGAAUGAUAAUCCUGAACAAUAAUAACUUUGUUCUCCCUUUUAAGUAUUCAUUUUUCAUAGUCAAUGGUUUCAAUCUUCUCGACAUAGUAACUGACAUAUGACAAAGUGUUUUUGCAUGUUGCAACAUGGCUUCACAAUGAACCAUUUUUGGUAAACAGAAUUAUUACAAAAGAAAUGCUUUUUUUCUGAAAAACAACUGCGGUAAAUCUGACAAAUAAGACAUCACCAGUUUGGUCUUCAGUGUGCUACAUAUUUAUUUAUUUUUUAUUAGAACUUAAUUCAGGUUCCAGCAUAUGAUAUUGAGUUUCUAUAAAUGGCAUUGAACACUGGACUGUUGUUGGAUCUAUAAUGUAUGGUAUAUAAUAUUGAGGGAAAAUAGAAGGGAUGAAACUGACACGUAUGAAACACAUAUUCUUUUAUUUUGAUACACCAAAAUCAAUGUUGUUUAUACUGUUUUGUGUCACAUAAUAAUACGAAUCACGGACAAGUUUUUUUCAUAUGUCUGUUUAAAAAUAUAAUACCCCAGAUUUAAAAUGGAUCAACUGAUCAGAAAUUACAUGCUGUUUCAUUUUCUAGCUCGACUGGCCAAAGGCCAGAAGAGCUUAUGCGAUGGUUAUGUGUACGUAGUAUGUGCGUCCGUGCUUCAGUGCAUCCUAGCAUCUGUAAACAAUUGCUUGAGAACACGAUACAGUCUUCAGUUUUGAUUUUAUCUCGAUAAAACUUGUACAGUAUUUAGAUAUCCAUCAGAGCUUGGUUCCUUUCGAAAACCAGCCAGAUCCACUCAUGCAUGCCUAGAUUAUGGGCCUUGAAAGUUUUAAAGACUUGCUUUUUUUAGCUAACCUAUUUUUAGCCAAGUUUGCAUGACCGAAUUAGUCUAUUUUAGCCAAGUUUACAUGAAAAGUCAAGUCUAGGAUGAAAGGGAGACAACUUGCUAUUUUGGUUCUGCAGUUGAUUUUGUGAAUUACUUUGCCUUGAUCUUGUUGAAAGGCAAAAGGCCAUUUUUUAGCUCUAUUGGCCAAAGUGUCUGUAGUUCUUGCAUUCAUCUAAACAAAAUUGGUUGUGAAUGUUUGUUUAAAUUAUGCCCCCGGGGUCAUUACUGGCCACGUCCCAGGGUUCACAGGUUUGGUAAACUUCAAUUGGGAAAUGUUUUAAAAUCUUUUUGUGUGUUCACGCAUCCAUGUAGGAACAAUUGCUUGUGAAUGUUUGUUCAAAUUAUGCCCCUGGGGUCAUUACUGGCCAUCCCCCGGGGCAUACAGGUUUGGUAUACUUAAAUUGGGAAUGUUUGAAAAUCUUUUUGUCUGAACCAGCUAUGCAGACACUUGCUAUUUUAAAUAAAGCAUAAUUUAGUGGUCUGCUACCAUAGUUGUUCAGAUUAUGCCCCUUGGGUCAAAACUGGCACUGCCCCGGGGGUCACAAGUUUCCUAGAGACUUAUUUAAGAAAUAUUUUCAAAAUCUUCUUGUUUCAAACCACAAGGCUCAUACCUUUGAUAUUUGUUGUGGAGCAUCAUAUUAUGACCGUCUAGCAAAACAGUUGAAAUUAUGCCCCUGGAGCCUAAGCUGGCCCCACCCCUGUUGAGCUUCUUUUUUUAUUUUUAAAGCUACAGCAAUGAUAUUUGGACCAUGUGUACAGUUUUGCAAACGAGCAUCAAUGUUGCCCUCGGAUGACCUUGACUUUGACCUUUUGACUAACUUUUUUUAUUUUUAAAGCUACAGAAAUGAAAUUUUGACCAUGAGUACAGUUUUGAAAGCAAUUUUGUUUUUGUCAGAUGACCUUCAAUGGCACAUAUUAAAAUAGUUCAUGCAACUAAUCUGCUUUCAGCACUUUCUGUCCUCAGAUGUUGAACGUGCAAUGUUUUCAGGUAACCCAAACACAAAACGUGAACUAUAUGUUUGUUGCCAUUUACCCAUACAUACAUGCUCUGGAUUGAAAAAUGACCACAAGAGCCAUGCCAGUAGAGCAUAGGCCCUUAUUGGCCUCCUGUUUAAUGUCUACAUGAAAGUUUAUUUUUAAGAAAAUGAUUUUUACAUAUUGAUUGUUGACUAUUAAGAUGGCUUAUUAUGGGUUUUGCAUUCUUCUUCUGCUUUUAUUUUUUGCAUUUUUUGAAGCAAUAAAGAUGAAGUUUUGUCAGAGCUUUGGUGUCAACAUUGUCAGCACCAGCGUUGUGCACAAACUUGAAACUCGGGCCAUAUUUCCAAAUCCGAUGAAAAGAAAAAAAUGAAACUUGAUACUCACUUAAACAUAGCGAUUAGCAUAAUUGCGUCUAGAAACUAACAUAAUUUUGGCGAACACUUUCCUUCAUGUGGCCACAUCAGUUGUCCCUAGUUUCUUCCCUUGUUUUAUAACUUCAGAGAGGCUAUGCAUAGUGGCGUUAAAAGACUUAUCUAUGAAGGAAAGGGUUAAAGGGUCUCCCACACAUAUUUGAUGUGGUAGGUGCUCAUUUAAACAAAGUUCUGUAAAUGCAUGAGUUUAAAAUAAUUCUAUAUUCAACUGUGUUACUUACACUUUUCAUCAAAAUAGAACUUUUUCUGUUAAAUUUCUAGAAACUAUUAACACUUGAGAUCAUUUUUUAAAUUAAACUCAUGUUUUAUCAUUGUAACAAGCAUUUUAUUAACAUUUCUUUCAAUUUUAUUUAUUUAAUGUAUCCACUUGAGUAAUGGUAUCCACUUGAGUGUUGGUAUCCACUUGAGUAAUGGUAUCCACUUGAGUGUUGGUAUUCACUUGAGUAUUGGUAUCCACUUGAGUGUUGGUAUCCACUUGAGUGUUGGUAUCCACUUGAGUGUUGGUAUCCACUUGAGUAUUGGUAUCCACUUGAGUGUUGGUAUCAACUUGAGUGUUGGUAUUCACUCGAGUGUUGUUAUCCACUUGAGUUGCUCUUGUUGGGUUUUAUAUUCUUGCUCGGAGUUAGGCUGCAAACAAACUUCUUUGUGCUAUUAUUUUGAUUUUUUAGAAAUUUGUUACAAUGGUUUUCCUUUUGACACGAAGUAAGAGUUAUUGUUAUUUGAAUAAUAUUGAAUGGUUUUAUAAUAAAACAUUUUGUACACUA